AUGUCUGAGAAGGAGGAACUCUAUCACGAACGCCAGACGCUGUACCGCUGCGGUCUUCACGCGCUCAACAACGUAUUGCAAGGCCCCGUAUUCUCCAAGGCCUCACUAGAUGAUGCUUGCGUAGAACUAGCGGCAUUAGCUGACCCAAACGCUGGCAGUGGCUUCAUGAACUGGGUCUGGAACCCUCACAGAGCCCCAUUGGGGCUCGGAAACUACGACGUUAACGCUCUGACCCUUGUAUUGCAGCAAAAAGGCUACGUGAUGCAGUGGAUAGAUAAGCGACAACCAGUGAAUGAGAACCUGUUCAACUUGGAUGAAGCGGAGGGGGUUCUGUGUAAUGUGGUGAUGACUACGAUACUCAGUAGCCUAUGGACGCCGAGACACUGGUUCGCCAUUCGGAAGAUUCGAGGCGUUUGCUACAAUUUGGACUCGAAGCUUGAAGCUCCAGUGGUGCGUUGUUGA